CUAGAAAGGGAACCCGACGGAGAGGGAAGCGGCCAGACGAGUGAGAAGGGGGCAGCGGCACGCAGCCGGAAAGUGAGGCAGGCGUGGUGAAGGGCAGGGGGAGGCUUGCACCGCAGAGAAGCCAGAGGAGCGUUAGUAGUAGAAGAGCAGAGAGGGAGAGGGAGGAAGAGCCACGCGACGAGAGCCGAGGAGCCAUCCACCGCCCGCCUAAUCCUUGUUCGCUGCUAGAUUCGCCAGACCACCGAGGCGCUGCUCCCCGGAUCUACGGGGCGGCGUCGGUGCUCAUCGGAAUCCAGAGAGGUGGCGGUUGUUUGCCGGGGAUCGGCGCCGCAUGUCUCAGAUCUGAGAUGGACAGGAUCCGGGACGGCAGGAGGGGCGGGGUGUCGGUCGGAGGCGUUCCGCCGCCGCCGCCUCCGAGGAGGCGCCUCAGGAGCAACGGCGGAGGGGGCCCCAGGGACUCGCCUCGCUCCGAGCGCCGACGGGGCGAGCGCCUCAUGCUCAACGGCGGGGGUGGCUGCGCCAGUCGGGACGACGGCGACGACAUCUCCGACGAGAGCCUCGGCGACGACGACGACGACGCCGAGCAGGAGCUCGUGCCGCGGUACCACCAGCAGCGGCGGUCACCGAGCACGGCGCCACCUCCUUCCUCGCCACCUCCGCCCGGCGGUGGCCACCACAGCAGUAGUAGCAGCGGUGGCGGGGGUUAUCACAACCACCAUCACGGCCAGCACCACCAGAUGCAGUGGAAGGGCGGCUCCAAUCCCAUCGUGUCCAAGGCUGUAGACGAGAUGAUUGGUGUCCCUGUUCCGAGGAAAGCACGCUCCGCUUCAACGAAACGUUCUUCGCAUGAGUGGCCUGUCCCCGGCGGCGGAACCAGUGGAGGCAGCACCGGCGCAGGAGACGGCUCGCAGAUUCAACGGCCUUUGUCACGGCCAAUCUCUCCAGCGUCAGCCUCCACUACCGUCCCGGCUCGGAAGAAGCUUAAACCACUUGGAGGUGGGAGCAGCGGUGGUCCAGGACAAGCGUCAAAGCAGCGACCAUCACCGUCGCCAGCUCCAUCAACAACCCCGCCACAACCACCGCCACCGAAGAUGUCGAAGUCGCCGUCUUUCAUUCAAGAGGAAAUCGAGGUUGCCGAGGUGCUGUUCGGACUCACCAGGCAGUUCUCGUGCCCUCCCAAACAAGAGGUCAACCACAAGCUCGAUCCCAGAGAUGUGCCAGAGUCCAAGUGUGGGAACUCUUCGUCGGCCCCCUCUUCUGGCGCCCGACCCUCUGAUUCCACCUCCCUUUCCGCUAUAGCGCCAAAGAGGAAGAAACCACGGCUGGCGAAGUACGAUGAAGAUAGCCGUCCGGCGAGCCCAACGAAGCCAGAGUUGGUGGAGCCGUCCUCAAAGCCGGAGCCACCUCCUGUGGCUAGAUCAGAAGCAAAGAUGGCAACGUCGGCAGCAACCGAAAGUGGCACCAGCACCGCACCUGCGGCUGUUCAACUCGAGACUUUACGAAAGCCAGAGAAGACGGAGGACUCAGAGCUCCGUCCAAGCGAACCAGAUCGGCGAAAUCACAGCCUGGAGAGCCAGGCGGAGCUGCCGGCGUCGUUGCCGGCGCCUUCAGUCAAGCCGGAUGCUGAAGCAAAGCCGGUAGGAUCCGAGGCCAGGAACGGCGAAGCUACUGCGACGACAAAGAUUGAGCUGGCAUCCGAUGGCGCUCGGCAUGACAAGUUUUCCAUUGAUCUCAUGGCUCCCCCUCCUGGGAAGCUGUCUGAUGAUAUAGAUGCCUCCUCCGACCCUGAUGCAGAUAAGAAGGGAUUGGAUUCUGAGAUGGACAUGUUGGGGAGAGGAAAUUCGGAAAAGAAGGAUGGUGAAAGGACUCUGGGAGGGCUGGAUAUUGAUUUGGAGGACCAGAAGGUGCAAAGAAUUCCAGCCGAUGAGUCCACGCCCAAGAAGCUCACACUGCAGUUGGAUUUGGAGAAGCCCAGUCUUGGUGAUGAAAAAUCACCAUCACAGCGACGGCAGCCGCAUCAACAUCCACAACAAUUGCAGCAGCUGAAGCCCUCAAAAGCUGAGAUAAAGCACGAGAAAUCUGCUAUGCCUGCUGUUACACCACCUAUACCUAUACCCGUUGGAGGUUGGCUUGGGAAUUUCCCACCGUUUGGUUACCUUAGUCCAGUCCCAGGCCUAUCAGGAGCUGGUCUUCAUCAUCCCAUGGACGUGAAGCCAGGGUCUUCUAGUGGAUUACAGCCUUCUAUAUUGCAGCAUGCUGCAUUGCUUCCACCGCCAACACGCUCAAAGAGAUGUGCUACACAUUGCUACAUUGCGCAAUUUAUCCAGCACCAGCAGCGGGUUGCAAAGAUGAACUCCUUCUGGCCGCCAGCUGUUGCAGCGGCAGCCGCCGCCGCCAACAGAUCAGGGCCACUCUUUGGUGCAAGGCCAUUCAGCAUGGGUGUUGUGCCACCGACAGAUGCUGCCUCUAUGCUUGUGAACCCAAUGCAGGGGAGCUACCCCAUCAGGGCUCACACUCCAAUGCAAGAAGCAAAGGCUCCUAUGGCUACUUCAUUCCAGGGGAGUCUCUCGAAGGAUAAAGCACUGGGCAAUGCUGCUGGUCCUGAAUCAAGCCAGAGGAAACAACCGCCUGCUCAUGAAACACAGCAGUCCACUCCCAUGCCAAACAUGCUGCAAGCCCUGGCAUUCAUCUUUCCAUUCAAUCAGCAACAUGCUAUGGUGGCAGCUGCAAAUGCUGCCAAUCGAGCAGGGGAUGCAAAAUCAUCUGGAGCCAGCAAUGCAAUGCCGCCAUCUGCCAGUGCUCACACUUUGGCAGCAAACUCUGGUGCCACGGCCAUGAACUUGAGCUUUGCCAACUUGCAACCGGCUGAUGCCCAGUUCUUGGCGAUCUUACAGAAUGGAUACCAAUUCCAGGUUGCUGCUCAUCCUGGAGGGCCUCCAUAUCGAGGCAUGGCACCACCAGGCCCAGCUGUUCCAUUCAUCAAUGGACAUGUGUAUUCCUCUCCCAUGCUGCACCCAUCACAGCAGCAAGGUGCGCAACCACAAAGUCAUCAGAAGACCCAGCUGCCAAACUUGCCCAGUUCAUCACAGAAGCACCAGCCACAACAUUCCCAAGGGCUAUUGGGAUAUGCACCAAAUGCUAACGCAGCAGCAGCUGCUAGUAAUUCGCACAAUUAUUCAAGUGGAAAUCAGCGCCCUGUCCUUGCGCACCGACAGGAGAGUGACAAAACUGGAGAAGAUGGUCUAUCGAGUGAUGACAAGCCAUCCCACUCUCAGAAGAGCGGGUAUGAACACAAUUUUGCUGUUCCAGUCCAUCUACCGAAUUUUGCAAUGAUGCCAGCUGCUCAACCUGCUGGCAGUCAGAGUGAGAAGAAGUUAAGUGACCAUCACCACCAGCAGCAGCAGCCACAAGUCAGUCGUGGCCAGGGUGUGAGGAUUGAUCUUGCGUCUUCUCAGCCUUUUGUGAUGCCCUUUGGCUCCAUUGGUCCUCCUGGAUCUGCCCCAUCUGGUCUCGACUUCUCGGCAUUGGCGCAGAGCCAUGCAUUUUUACAGAGCCAUCAAGAAGCAGCCCGGCAUGGUUAUCCUCAACUUAAUUUUGCUGCAGCUCAAUCUACGCAGCACAAGCCCCAGCAUGGAGAAACAAAAUCUGUCGCUGGGGAUUCAUCCUUGACACACAUUGCCGGAGACAGCCAGAGAAAGAAAUCAACUUCUACAAAGUAUUCUGGUGAUUCACAGCAGCAUUCGCUGUCCUUCACCAGGACAGAAAGCAAGAAUCAUGUGCCUCCUUUCCUUAGUGGCAGCACAAAUGAAAGUUCGUCCCGAACCCUAAGCCUUAUUGGAACAGAAUCUUCAAAUACAUUUAUGGGAAGCAAAUCCACAAAUUCCACCACUCCUGCCUCAACACCACCUGCAGCUUCGUCUAGCAUUUCUCAGCAGCACCAGCAUUUCCUUCAGAUGCAAGUGCAGCAUAAGCAUCAGCAUCAGCAGAUGAUUCAGCACCACCAUUUGAAUCGGCCUAGAUCUGCCGCACCAAGUACACAAAAUAGUGCAGGUGGGUACCCAGACCGUCUCAAUAUGGCGAGCUUUCAGAAUAUGAUGUACCCACCAAAUGCUGCCCAAGGCCAAGGGAGAGUUCAAUCCCCCCAGUUGAAGGCAUCCUCAGGGAGAGGGACACCUUCAUCUACUGCUACCACUCCCCCUGCUGCUGCACCCCCUAAUUUGAUUGUGAUGAAGACAAGUAGUCUCCACCCGCAACAAGCAAAGAUUCCUAUGCAGGCUCUCUCCACUCCUGGUCACCAAUCCCAGAGUUCUCUAAGCAUGAGUUCAUCAAAAAUGGCUCCUGUAACUAACCUUUCUACUGGAGGAGGGGAUCUAUCUCGAUCUUCAAAUGCCCCUGUUGCUUCUGGUUCACCAUCCAAUUCGGUGUCCAAAAGCACUGGUGGCAGCCCGCCUGCCACAGGAAAUGCAAAGGGUGUUCAGCAGCCUGUCCAAUUGCCAUCACCACAACAGCAGUUAGCCAAGAACUCUGUGUCGACGUGUGGCUCCAAGUCUACUCCUGCAAACCAUUUCAGUAUGGCUAUGCCAUCUAUCCUUGGCCAACAGCCUAAUUCAUCGCCUGGUUCUAAUACCGGGAGCAAGCAGCAGUCACAUAUGUCAUCGUCAAUGAAACAGCAGCCGUUCCCUCAAGGCCAUUUCUUCAUAUCCAGCACGUAUGCUCCUCAGGCUCCAGGAGCCGGCGGUGCUGCUGCCCUUGGCCUAUACCAGAAGCGACCAGGCGACAAGACACAGCCACAGGCACCACACCAGCAGAACGCCUUGUCAGCCGCUGCUGGCAGUAACAUGAAAUCGCUUCAUCCUUCGUCCGGUGGAUUUAUGCAUCUCGCAGCGGCAACCCAGUCUGCAGGUGGUGGCAUGCCACACACCCACAUGCCCGCGGCGCAACUGAGUUUCGGAACAAUGCCGGUGCCUUUAAAACCCUCAAGCGACCAGAAGCCCGCUGCUGGAAAAUAAACAGAGCCCAGGUGACCAUGCGUCGGAGUGGUAAUCUGAGCUGGCGAGCUCAAGUGCUUAUCCAGCGGAAGCCCCAAAUGGAGGAGGAAAGAUACAAUGAGAAGAGAAAAGCAGGCCACAGCUCGAAGAACCUGCUUUUGGUUGCUGCUGUGGUGAUCAGGAAGGGGGAGGAGGGGCACUGCGAGGACACGCCUUGCUAACUUAAAAGGUUGUUCGGGUCUGGGAAUGGCUGAUGUGAGUGAAUACUUUUGUGUAGUUUUGGCUGGUUAUCCAUCCUCCCAUCCCAUGGUGUAAAGGUCGGAGGAGUGCAUAGAAUCUGUCUCGUAGCCCCGUUUUUUGUGCAUGGAUGGAUGUCGAAGGCUGUUCUCUCCCUCUAUUCUCUUGUAGCUUCUCCAGUUCCUCGUUUCUUUUGGGUGGGGGGUCUCAGCUUUAACCGGAGGAGGAAAGAUUCAAUCAGAAUGCAGAUCUCAGGUAACUUUGUUAUGCAACUGAUGCUCCCAUUACACACUGUCUGUCGAUACACUCUGACUGGAUUGUUUUAGUACCAGCAAGAAGAGGAGAAAACAAAAUCUAUUCCAACUAGAAUAGGGUCCAGCCAUGAUUGGUGUGGGUGGCAUACAGUGACAUGCGUCUGGGUUUGUUGUUGUAAGUAGCUCUUGUGGGUGGGGGGGGGGGGGGGGGGGGAGGAAAUGAAUGAAUGGAAUUGCCUGAUUAUGGAUGCUGUACCUGUGGCCCCCUGCGACGACAGAUCAUUCGCCUCUGCCUCUCAAUGUUGUGAUGAUGACUGUGCAGCCCUCGUCCGGAGAUGAAAGUGGGGACAGUGCAUGUGGAGGGGGGAGUCUAGCAGCUCCAUCACUUGUGUUUGAUAUUUCUGUGCGUGUGUGGAUGGGCAAGAUGCCGUGCUCGUACCAGAGGAAGGGGGGCGGUGCAUGUGGAUGGAAGCUGUAGGUGGUGAGCACACGUGCCUGUGCCCGUCGCCGUUGGACGUGCAAGGUUGAAUGAAAAGUAGUGUAUAGUUUU